AUGUCGAAUGCGCCCGCACAGCCCAUGAACGUACCCUCGGGUGCGCAAACCGCGACCGUUGCCGCAGGAUGUUUCUGGGGCGUCGAGCACAUGUACCGGAGGGAGUACAAGGGCAAGGGCCUGUACGACGCGCGCGUUGGAUACAUUGGCGGCGAUACCGAGAACCCAGGGUACAGAGCCGUGUGCAGUGGACGCACUGGUCACGCCGAAGCCCUGCAAGUAGUCUACGACCCCGAAAAAGUCACCUACCGUUCCCUUCUCGAGUUCUUCUACAAGAUGCACGAUCCCACCACCGAGAACCGCCAGGGACCAGACGUUGGCACCCAGUACCGCUCUGCCAUCUUCUACCACGAUGCCGAGCAGGAGAAGAUUGCGCGCGAUGUUACCGACAAGGUGAACAAACAAUGGUGGAAGGGUGGUGUUGCGACGGAGAUCCUGCCAGCGGGGAAAUGGUGGGAUGCGGAACAAUACCAUCAGUUGUAUCUGGACAACAACCCGGGAGGUUAUGAGUGCCCCAGCCAUUUCUUGAGGAGUUUCCCACCGCUGCAGGACUAG